AUGGGGGAAAACGGUUCUCAGCGGACCACCCCUGUCUUCCUCCACGGGCGCCGGUUAGAUGGGUUAGAUGGAGGCCCCCAGAGGAAGCGGCAGAUCGGGAGCGGGCCCGUUUCCCACCGGAGGACGGAGGGCAGCUUCAAGGUUACUCUCUAUUCCUUUGGGCAGAAUCGGAAGCAGGGCACGCUGGUCUUCGAGCGUGCUGGAAGUUCUUUCUUCUCUGAGAGCCGUUGGAUCCUCUGGAGGACCUCGUCCUCUCCCGGGGUUGUCACUGUUCCGAGCGCCGUCCUGUCCAGAGGCCUCAUCCUGCCGCUUCUCUCCCCUCUGCCUAGGAUCAUGCGGCCAGACGAUGCCAACAUGGCCGGCAGUGUCCACGGAGGGACAAUCCUGAAGAUGAUCGAGGAGGCGGGGGCCAUCAUCAGCACUCGGCACUGCAAUAGCCAGAGUUCGGAGCGCUGUGUGGCCGUCCUGGCCCGGGUGGAGCGCACCGACUUCCUGUCGCCCGUGUGCAUCGGCGAGGUGGCGCACGUCAGCGCCGAGAUCACCUACACGUCCAAGCACUCCGUGGAGGUCCAGGUCAACGUGAUGUCCGAGAACAUUGUCACAGGCAUCAUGAAGCUGACCAACAAGGCCACCCUGUGGUAUGUGCCCCUGUCGCUGGAGGACGUGGACAGGGUCCUGGAGGUGCCUCCGGUCGUGUACUCCCGACAGGAGCAGGAGCAGGAGGGCCGCAGGCGGUACGAGGCGCAGAAGCUGGAGCGCAUGGGGAACAAGUGGAGGGACGGGGACAUCGUGCAGCCCGUCCCGAACCCAGAGCCGAACACGGUCAGCUACAGCCAGUCCAGCUUGAUCUACCUGGUGGGGCCCUCGGACUGUACGCUGCACGGCUUCGUGCAUGGAGGUGUCACCAUGAAGCUCAUGGACGAUGUGGCCGGGAUCGUGGCUGCACGUCACUGCAAGACCAACGUAGUCACGGCUUCUGUGGACGCCAUUAACUUUCACGACAAGAUCAAGAAAGGCUACGUCAUCACCAUCUCUGGGCGCAUGACCUUCACGAGCAAUAAGUCCAUGGAGAUCGAGGUCCUGGUGGACGCUGACCCCUUGAUGGACGACUCGCGGAAGCGCUACCGGGCUGCCAGUGCCUUCUUCACCUACGUGUCUCUGAGCCAGGAGGGCAAGUCGCUGCCUGUGCCUCAGCUCGUGCCCGAGACCGAGGACGAAAAGAAGCGCUUUGAGGAAGGCAAAGGGCGGUACCUGCAGAUGAAGGCCAAGCGACAGGGCACAGCGGAGCCUCAGCCCUAGGCGCCCCCUGCCGCGGGGCCGGCAGUGGCCGCCACCCACAAGUUACCCCCUGGCUAAAACCCAGUUCACGUUGAGAGCCAGUGUUGUGUGCAGUGUUCGUCUCACAAUGUUAACUCCUGAAAACCUGUCCACCAAAGCUUAAUUUAUGUCACUCCAGUAUAAAUGCUACACAGUAUUGUCCCCGACCCCCAGAGGCCCGUGGUGCCCUGGGGAACAUUCUGUGUUUAUCGUAUGUACGGAAAGAAUCCAGCAUCACUAAUAAAGCUGCUGUUUGGCUGGA